AGUGUGAUCUCCCCUCCCCCUGUGUGUAUUCUGAUCUCCCCUCCCCCUGUGUGUAGUGUGAUCUCCCCUCCCCCUGUAGGUAAUGGAUUUGGGGGCGGAGCUCCUGGGGUUGCUGGGGGCGGGGACUCGGUUGGAUGUGAAGAUGGGGGCGGUACAAUGUGUGUUGGGGGUGAGCGGGACCCCCGAGGGGAGGCGGAGCCUGUGUCAGUUCCCAGGAUUGGUGGCGGCCAUCUUUGAUCUGACCUCUGACCCUCCGGUGACCCGGGACUCCUACCACAUCCUGGUCAACCUGACCUCUGACCCCGCCUCUCACCGCCCCCUGCUGGACGUCCCCGCCCUUCUCCCCACCCUGAUUGGUCGUCUCUUCCAACCGAAAUACGAAUACACCGACUCCGUCUGCUCCGCCCUCUGUAACCUGAGCCGGGAGGAGGAGCCAUGCCGCGCCAUCCUGACCGCCCUUCCCCCCACAGGACUGGCACAGAUUGUGGAGAUGAUCUGUGGCCCCCAGCACACCAACCUACAGUACCUGGGGCCCCUCCUCUGCAACCUCACCCAGCUGACCGAGGGGCGGGACUUCCUACUGGACAGGAGCAGGUGCGCCCUCCAGAGGCUCCUCCCCCAUGCUCACACUCCAGGUUCCGGGAUCCGCAGAGGAGGAAUUGUGGGAACGUUGAGAAAUUGCUGCUUCAAUCACAGAGAUCACAGCUGGCUGUUGGGGGAGGAGGUGGAUUUGUUGCCCUUCCUGUUGCUGCCAUUGGCUGGUGGAGAAGAAUAUACAGAGGAGGAGAUGGAAACACUCCCCUCGGAUCUCCAGUAUCUCCCGGAGGAGAAGCAGAGGGAGCCGGACCCCGAUAUACGCCGGAUGCUUAUCGAGUGCCUGCAGCUGCUCUGCGCAACCCGGGAAGGACGCGGCACCCUGAGAGAACGAGGAACCUACCUGAUCCUUCGAUCGCUGGACUGCUGGGAGACGGAACCCGCCCUGAGGAGGACCUGCGAGAAAGUCAUCCAGGUUCUGAUUGGUGACGAGCCGGAAGCCGGACUGGAGAAUCUUCUGGAAGUGUCGGUCCCCCCCGAGGUUCAGGAAAAACUUAAUCGUCUGGAUGAAGAGGAGGAGAGAGAACUCCAGCAAGAGACCGCCAUGUGACCUGACCUGGGAGGAGUCCCACAAUGUGGGAGGAGACUGCUUCCCGCCUCUGGAGAGUGGGAGGAGACUGUUUGCUUCCCGCCUCUACACAUUCUCCACGAACUCUGUAGACCAGAAAUUUCCUGAUGGAUGAAGAGAGAAGUCUCGGCUCUGUGUGCCGGGAGGACGAUAGUUCUUCAUUAUUCACCAUCUCUGGGAGAUCAUACUGGUUUGGCCCUCACCCUCCUAUGGGGGGCCCCCUAGCUCGGCCCUCGUUCUCCGGCAGUGACCUGAAGUCACAUUUGUGGUCACAUGUAUCCAUGUUGGUGGUAAUGUUGGCUCUUGGAGACAAUAUGGACACGUUGGUGAGAUCUCUGGUAGGGUUGAGCUCGGGGUCAGUUGGUAGUGAUGUCGGCUCUUGGAGACAAUCUGGACACUUUGGUGAGAUCUCCGAUAGGGUGGAGCUCAGAGUCAGUUGGUGGGAAUGUCGGCUCUUGGAGACAAUCUGGACACGUUGGUGAGAUCUCUGGUAGGGUGGAGCUCAGGGUCAGUUGGUGGGAAUGUCGGCUCUUGGAGACAAUCUGGACACAUUGGUGAGAUCUCCGGUAGGGUGGAGCUCAGGGUCAGUUGGUGGGAAUGUCGGCCCUUGGAGACAAUCUGGACACUUUGGUGAGAUCUCCGGUAGGGUGGAGCUCGGGGUCAGUUGGUGGUAAUGUCGGCUCUUGGAGACAAUCUGGACACGUUGGUGAGAUCUCUGGUAGGGUGGAGCUCAGGGUCAGUUGGUGGUAAUGUCAGCUCUUGGGGACAAUCUGGACACGUUGGUGAGAUCUCCGGUAGGGUGGAGCUCAGGGUCAGUUGGUGGGAAUGUUGGCUCUUGGAGACAAUAUGGACACGUUGGUGAGAUCUCCGGUAGGGUGGAGCUCAGGGUCAGUUGGUGGGAAUGUUGGCUCUUGGAGACAAUAUGGACACGUUGGUGAGAUCUCCGGUAGGGUGGAGCUCGGGGUCAGUUGGUGGUAAUGUCGGCCCUUGGAGACAAUCUGGACAUGUUGGUGAGAUCUCCGGUAGGGUGGAGCUCAGGGUCAGUUGGUAGUAAUGUCGGCUCUUGGAGACAAUCUGGACAUAGUGAGAUCUCUGGUAGGGUGGAGCUCAGGGUCAGUUGGUGGUAAUCUCGGCUCUUGGAGACAAUCUGGACAUAGUGAGAUCUCCGGUAGGGUGGAGCUCAGGGUCAGUUGGUGGGAAUGGCGGCUCUUGGAGACAAUCUGGACACAUUGGUGAGAUCUCUGGUAGGGUGGAGCUCGGGGUCAGUUGGUGGGAAUGUUGGCUCUUGGAGACAAUCUGGACAUGUUGGUGAGAUCUCUGGUAGGGUGGAGCUCAAGGUCAGUUGGUGGGAAUGUCGGCUCCAUUGUUCAGAAGACACAAGAAGGUCCUCUGCAGAGCUUCUCAUACCCGUCCUCCGGUUUCUCUGCAUCAUGUGUUGUGUGAGGUCAUCCUUGGGUAAGUCGCUGCCGGGAAAGUCUGGGGGCCGAGGGCCAUCAUCCAGAAGAGAUAUGACUGGCUGUGAGGGAGACCACGCCCACCCUCACGUCCCUGUGAGAUCACACCCACCAUGUUGCCCCUGUUGGUGGAGGAUGGUGGCAGUGGAUGAAGACUAGAGGCGGGGCUUUUUGUCUGUUGGCCAAUAAUAAAUAAUUUUCAUUAAAAAAAUAAAAUGUUUUAAAACCUGAA